AUGACCCGGGACGAGUCCGUGGCAGACUCCCACUCCACACACGGCUUCUACGAGAACUAUGAGCCCAAGGAGAUCUUGGGCAGGGGCGUCAGCAGCGUGGUCAGGCGUUGCAUCCACAAACCCACAUGCCAGGAGUACGCCGUGAAGAUCAUCGAUGUCACGGGCGGAGGCAGCUUCAGCUCCGAGGAGGCCCGGGAGCUGAGAGAGGCCACAUUGAAAGAGGUGGACAUCCUGAACAAGGUCUCGGGGCACCCCAACAUCAUCCAGCUGAAGGACACCUAUGAAACCAACACUUUCUUCUUCCUGGUGUUUGACCUCCUUUGUCCCCACAGGAUGAGGCAGGGGGAGCUCUUUGAUUACCUCACCGAGAAGGUCACUCUGAGCGAGAAGGAAACCAGGAAGAUCAUGCGGGCCCUGCUGGAGGUGAUCUGCGCCCUGCACAAGCUCAACAUCGUGCAUCGGGACCUGAAGCCCGAGAACAUCCUCCUGGACGACAGCAGGAACAUCAAGCUCACCGACUUCGGCUUCUCCUGCCAGCUGGAGCCGGGAGAGCGGCUGCGAGAGGUCUGCGGAACGCCCAGCUACCUGGCCCCCGAGAUCAUCGAGUGUUCCAUGAACGACAACCACCCGGGCUACGGCAAGGAGGUGGACAUGUGGAGCACAGGCGUGAUCAUGUACACCCUGCUGGCCGGCUCCCCGCCCUUCUGGCACCGGAAGCAGAUGCUGAUGCUCAGGAUGAUCAUGAGCGGCAACUACCAGUUCGGCUCACCCGAGUGGGACGACCACUCGGACACCGUGAAGGACUUGAUCUCCCGCUUCUUGGUGGUGAACCCCCAGCGCCGCUGCACAGCGGAGGAGGCCCUGGCACACCCCUUCUUCCAGCAAUACGUGGUGGAAGAAGUGCGCCACUUUAGUCCCCGGGGCAAGUUCAAGGUGAUCGCGGUGACGGUGCUGGCCUCCGUGCGCAUCUACUACCAGUACCGGCGCGUCAAGCCCGUGACCCGGGAGAUCGUCAUCCGCGACCCGUACGCGCUGCGGCCGCUGCGCCGCCUCAUCGACGCCUGCGCCUUCCGCAUCUACGGGCACUGGGUGAAGAAGGGGCAGCAGCAGAACCGCGCCGCGCUCUUCGAGAACACCCCCAAGGCUGUGCUGCUGUCCCUGGCCGAGGACUACUGA